AGCCCACAAGGAAAAGUGACCGGGGCAAAUUCGCUGCGCACCCCACCCAAAAGUGCAGUAGAGGAAAAUAUACGUGCCUGCCCGAUUUCGACCUCUGCCACUUGAAAUCGCCCAUUCGACGCCGACCCGAGUAGACGACCGACCAGCAAACCUCCAAAACACCAAAGGCACCGGGCCCCCGAAGGAGAAUAAACAACACAUCAGACACAAUGGCCGACGCAGCACCCCGUGGCGGCGGUUUCGCAUCGCGUGGAGGAGACCGUGGCGGCGACCGCGGCCGUGGUGACCGUGGCCGUGGACGUGGACGUGGCCGUGGCCGUCGUGGCGGCAAGUCCGACGAGAAGGAGUGGCAGCCCGUUACCAAGCUCGGCCGUCUCGUGAAGGCCGGCAAGAUCAAGAGCAUGGAGGAGAUCUACUUGCACUCGCUCCCCAUCAAGGAGUACCAGAUCGUCGACUUUUUCCUGCCCAAGCUCAAGGACGAGGUCAUGAAGAUCAAGCCCGUCCAGAAGCAGACCCGUGCCGGUCAGCGUACCCGUUUCAAGGCCAUCGUCAUCAUUGGUGACUCCGAGGGCCACGUUGGUCUGGGUAUCAAGACCUCCAAGGAGGUUGCCACUGCUAUCCGCGCCGCCAUCAUUAUUGCCAAGCUUAGCGUCAUCCCCGUCCGUCGUGGUUACUGGGGUACCAACCUUGGUACUCCUCACUCGCUCCCCGUCAAGGAGAGCGGCAAGUGCGGUUCCGUCACUGUCCGCCUUAUCCCUGCUCCCCGUGGUACCGCCCUGGUUGCCUCGCCCGCUGUCAAGCGUCUCCUCCAGCUUGCUGGUAUCGAGGAUGCCUACACAUCGUCGUCAGGCUCAACCAAGACCCUCGAGAACACCCUGAAGGCCACUUUCUCGGCCGUUUCCAACACAUACGGUUUCCUUACCCCCAACCUGUGGAAGGAGACCAAGCUCAUCAGGAGCCCGCUGGAGGAGUUUGCCGACACCCUCAGGGACGGCAAGCGUUACUAGAUGUUUGGGACGAUGGUUUAAAUUUUCUGACGGUCGUCGGGGCGUCUUUGAUCUGGCUUUCUUCAUUUGCAUGGGUUUACGGACGGGGCAUCAACUUUCGGGGUCAUUCAAAAAGCAAUUUGUUAUGACCUGAUUUGAACGAAAUGAGACUUCAACC